CUCCUCCCCCUCCUCCUCCUCCUCCUCUUCCUCCUCCUCCUCCUCUUCCUUUCUUCUCGCCUCCUCUCUGCCUUUAUGCUUCAGUGUUUGUGGCCCCACAGUUUCACAGCGACUCAGAGCCGUCGAGCGUCACAUGCCAACAUGAGCGUCCUUCCGUGCAGCGUCGUCCUCCUGCUCCUCCUCUGCCUCCCCCCCGCCCCCGCUGAGGCCAAGCGGCAGCCCGCUCAGGGGAAACCCGACAAACCCCGCCAGCCGCCGUCGGCCACUCCGCCGGCCAAGCGGCCCAGGAACCGCUCGGUGCCCGGCUCCGGAGAGCUGAGCACCAAGGAGGGACACCGCUGCACCUGGCAGACGUCCGGCGACGCGCUGGUGAGCCUGCUGGUGAACUGCAGCACCGAGACACUGGGAGAGCCAGAGAGGUACUGGUGCCGUUACGCCGGCAAGCCGGACCUGUGCCAGGCGUACGGGGUGAAGUCCAGCCAGUACUGGAAGCAGCUGGUGGGGAAGCUGAAGAAGAGGCAGAACGCCUGCGACGGAGAGAAAGUCCUGAAGGCCAAGACGUGCAAGAAGGCGCCGGCCGAGGCCCACAUGAAGCUCGCCCAGCGCAGCGGCGAGGAGGAGAGGAAGGGAGGGAAGGAGGGAGGCAAGAGGAAGGGAGCGUCCGCCGGCAAGGCUCCCGACGGAGGCAAGGCAGAGAGGAAGAGGAAGAACGAGGAAGAGGAGGAGCAGGAGAGGAAGAAGACGAGGGAGGAGAGGACUGGGUUCGAGGAGGAGGGCGUGAUGAACGACAUGCAGCCGGUGGAGCGUUACUGCAGCGAGGGGUGGAGCUCCGUCUGCUCCUUCUUCGUCAAGUUCUUCGAGGGUUGAUGGGAAACGGCGGAGGAGACGCGGAGGAGACGCGGAGGAGACGCGGAGGAGACGCGGAGCGGCGGCGGCGCGAGAUCGCGGAUCUGGAAAAUCAAUAAAAAUCAACCUGGCGAAUCAAAGUGUUUUCUAUUUUGGGCCCUGAGCUGUAAAAGUUUAAUUUCAGAGUCGAGCUGAGACGAACACUUUUCAGACACUUGAAUCUGAAUUUGGUCGUGAAACGAUAAAAAUUGACAAAAAGCCUUUCAAACAUUUACUGUUGAUAAAUUGUGAGGUUUAACGAACGAGGCCUCCCGGCGUCUCGCCUGCCGCUCAACUUAAAAUUGAGAUGAAUCAUCCAUUAAAUCGAACCCGCCGACGUGACGACGAGGGGGGAAAUUAUUUUUCAGUUGAGUUUGUGUUAAAUCGUGUGUUUGUAGUUUCACGGUGUUUGAUCGUCACAACGUUUUGUUGUAGUUAAUUUAGAGAAUCGGAUGAGAAGUGAAGACGUGUAACGUGACUAACGAAUCAACAAUCAGUCGACGAUGGAGAUGACGAAGACGAUGAUGAGACGAUGAUGAGACGAUGAUGAAGACGAUGAUGAAGACGAUGAUGAGACGAUGAUGAAGACGAUGAUGAAGACGAUGAUGAGACGAUGAUGAGACGAUGAUGACGACAGUAGUGUCACUAAAUUGACAGUCAUCUUGUUUAUCCAAUGUUUGUGACGUGCAACUAAUAUUUUCUAUAAACUUUGUGUAACUUUUGUAAAAAAAAGAAAUAAAAAAUAAAAAUAAAAACAAUGUUGUCGCUCUGG